GUAUGAUGGCUCACCCUUCGGACUGUGAGGCCUGGAGACACUUUGACCGUUGUCAUCCUCAGUUUGCUAUGGAGCCACGAAAUGUGCGGCUGGAAUUGUGCUCAGACGGAUUUGCUCCUUUUGGCAGGUUUGGGAAGAACUAUUCAUGUUGCCCGGUCAUGUUAACUCCCGACAUGUGCAUGAAAAGUCAUUUCAUCUUUUUGUCUUUAAUUUGUCCGGGUUCCAAGGAUCCUGGAAGAAAGAUAGACAUUUAUCUUCAACCCCUUAUCGAGAGACGGACUUAUGAUGUUUCAUCAGAUCAGGUGUUUAUCAUGAAAGCUACCAUCAUUUGGACCAUUAGCGACUUCCCUGUCUAUGUCAUGCUUUCUGGAUGGAGCACACACGGUCUGAUGGGAUGUCCGAUAUGCAUGGAGAAAUCAGGUGCGAACUGGCUCAGUUACAGUAAAAAAAGGAAGUUACUUUGAUUGUCACCACAAGUUUCUCCCGGAAAAGCACCGAUAUCGAAAGGACAAGAAGUCUUCCAUUAGAGGCAGAGCGGUACGAGAGAGCGCACCCCCGAGAUUGACCGGCGAAGAAAUUUAUAACCGGGUUCGACGUCUUCCUACGGCUAUGGAAGAGCCAAACCAGGAACCACAUGGGUUUUGUCAUACCCAUAAGUGGACAAAGAGGAGCAUAUUCUGGGAGUUGCCAUAUUGGAAAGACCUUCUCAUCCGUCACAAUUUAGAUGUCAUGCACACUGAGAAUAACGUGUUUGACAAUAUAUUUAACACGGUGAUGGAUUUCAAAGGCAAAACUAAAGACGGUCUUGCAGCUAGGAAAGAUAUGACUAUUUGGUGUGAUAGACCCGAACUUUCUGUUGAUCUAGAAUAUCAGGGCAAGGAAGUUCCAAAAGUAGUCUACCAGUCGACAGAAGCACAAAAGGAAGCAAGGAUCAAUUGUGCGAGAUCAUCAACUCUAGAUUUAAAGAAGUGAUUGACAUAUUUCAGUCUUUACAGACAUUGUUCGCACCCUCUUGGGAAUCAUAUCAAGAAACAAAGGAUCAAUUGUGCGAGACCAUCAACUCUAGAUUUAAAGAAGUCAUUAACAUAUUUCAGACUUUACAGACAUUGUUCGUACCCCUCUUGGAAAUCAUAUCAAGAAACAAAGGUCCCUUAGAAGAGGAAGAGUCUGCACAGCUCAUUUUCGAAUCGUUUGUCUGGAAGAUGGAUAGACCAACAGCCAAGAAGCACAAAGUAAUUCUUUAUAUUAGUUGUCUUCUACACUUCCAUGGUUCCAGUUCCAUUUUUACUUUCUCUACUUUUCUCUGGGGAAUAUUGAGCACCACUCAUUUCUUCCCAUCACAGCUCUAUGGAUUCAAUGGAGUAUCAAUCACAAGGUGUGAAUGAAUGUGAUGCUGAUCAACAAUGAAUGUUUAAUAACAAUGUACAAUUUCUUAUGCACAUGAUGUAUUUGACACAAAUCAAGGGUAUCAACACUUAUUCACAAUUAUAAUGUAGUUAAUAAUUUUGAUUUCAUUAAUAUCCAUUGGGUUAGUCUCCCUCUUUAUGGGGAAAUAGAUUUUUAUGAAAAAUAUAAAAACGUAUGCAUACUAGUGAAACACAGAAGGAUGUCUAAUGUAAUUUUUUUGUUUUUGGAGAAUUCCCAGACUAAAUGAAAAUUUUAUUGUCAAAAUAGGAGCAUAACUUAAAAAUUUCUUAAAUAGAACUAGCUUUCCCAUUCUACACUUACUUUGUUUUAAAACAAUUCAUAUUUUUUUGGGAAAACUGUCAAAUAGGUCCUCGAACUUUCAAAAAAGGGUCAAUUAAGUUCUUCUAUAGGAGGUUCUGUCCGGCCGUCGCGAUUUGGGGCAGUUUCCGGUGGAAUUUUUUGAUGAAAAUUUUUUAGCACCUUAUUCACCAAGUCUAGUUUACUAAUACCAAAUUUCAGCUAAAAAUUCAAUCGGGAACACAUUCAAAUUAAUUCUUAAAGAUAACUGCGCAUUUUUGCAUUCUCGAAUUAAUUUGAAUGCCUUCCCGAUUAAAUGUUUAGUUGAAAUUUGGUAUGGGUAAACUAGGCUUGAUGAAUAAGAUUCUCAAAAAAUUUCAUCAAAAAAUUCCACCGGGAACCACCCCAAAUCGCGAAGACCGGACAAAGUCUCCUAUAGAAGGACUUAAUUGACUUUUUUAUGAAUGUUCGAGAACCUAUUUGACAGUUUUUCCUAUUUUUUUAAAAACAAAACAAUUUUUAUUAAAGAAAUGGAAAGUAAAGUACAUUUAGAAAAUAAAAGAGAACAAAAUAAAACCAACCAACCCGAAUUACAACAAAGAACCCUCCCCAUCAUCCUUAAUGCUUAAUCAAGAAUCUCCAUACGUGAUUGGGAUCUGGUCUUCAUAAGAUGCGACCUCUUAUGCUUUUUCCUGUAUAUUUUCAUUUGGGUAUUAAGUAUUUAAGUUCGUUGUAGGCAAGCAGUUGUCCCUCGUGACCAGUUUUGCUUUGUUACAAAUAUCCUGAUUGGUGUCAGAGUCCCAUAGAUCCUCCAUCGAAGAAAUAGGAGUCCUCUUUUCACUCUCUGAAGCAUGACCAAGGAAAUCAUCUCCCAGAGUUAUAGGCUAGCUUUUCAGAAAAUACACCCUCACUAUCAUCUCCCAAGUAUUGAGUUUCACUCGGGAAUUUGACAUUAGGACCGUGAUUAGCAUUCACUUUUUUUACACAUUUUCUCAUCUAAAGAGUCUCUAUUACCAAUAGCAGUUGAAAGAAUUCUUUCAAAUUCUUUGAUUGAGCUUUAGAAGAAAUCCUUAAUGAUUGGUAAAGAAGAGUCAAGAGUUCCCGAGUGCUCAAUGAUACAAUUAUCCCCAGCCGGAAGCAAGACAAGAGAUUUCUCAAAAGAAUUAGACAUGUCAAUAUCAAUCUGAAGCAAUGCCCCCGAAAUAGAAAAUUCGUUCUGGUGGGAGGGGUUCCUGUCCAACCAAGGAAUGAAAAUAUCUCUCUCAAAAUUAGAUUGGACGUUACCUAGAUUCUCACCUGAACAUUCCUUCAUUAGAUGAAUUGCUCUUGAGAUCCCAUUCAUAAAGUGUUAAAUCCCCAAUCCAUUCCAUCCUUCAGGUAUAAACAAGGAAUCACAAUCUUUCUCGAUGAUGCGAAAGAAGCCUCCAAAGAAAUUAGCAUCAUGAAAAAAUUGAAGAGACUUAUUCAAUUCAAGCUUAGUACGAGACCAAUUAUCAGAUAAAAGCUUGGCAAUUGAGUUCAUCAACCAAGUCACCCUUUCAAGAUCAAGAUCAAUGGCAGAUGUAAUAUGAUUUUUUGUUUCAAAUAUUCGAAUAAAGUUGCAACUAAAGAUAUAGAAACGGAAAGAUUUGCUUUCAAUUGGAAUUUCAAACCCAUUUGGAUGAAUUAAAAAAUUCUCAGCCUUCCAAUCCAAAGGAAUAAAAAAAUUCCCCUGAAUAUUAGUCUGGUUAGCUUCCCUUCGAUCUGGAUGGAGCUUGGUUGUUGCUUGCGGAUGAGCUGAUGUCAAUUCCCUUUGUGCUGCUGUGUGUUGGCAAAUAGGUGACUCGUGAUGUCGUCGUUGCUGUGAAAAACAGCCUGGUCUAGAACUUCUAUGACCAAAAUUUCCAAAGCCCAGGCUAUUAUUCCCCUGCAGAUUUGACCGGUGUGCUUCCUAACGAUAUGGAGAGAGCUUGGUCGUUGCCUCUAAAUGAACUGAAGCUGGUUUCCCUUGCCUUGGUUUCAGAGGUACCAAGAUCCAUCCUUUGGGUCCGCCAUUUCUGAGAAGACAGACCCGUACGGAGGUAGUUUCGCGGGCGUUGGGAAGGUAUCUCCUUCUUUGCGAGCUCCAGUCGCUGAGUGGAUCGCGGAUGAGCUUGAUUUUCCAUGGAAGAGAUACAGUUGUCUCCUAAUUUUGUCCGUUGUUGGCUGGCUGAAAUCCAGAAAGACUCAUCAACACAAACCGGGAAGGAGCCCAACAGAAUAGUGCCAGUGCCCGCCUUCUUGCCAUUGAACUCUUCUGGUUGUGUGUUGCCGCCGGCCACAGCGCCAGCAGUUAUGCUGGAGGUAAGGAGGGAACUCAACAAGGCGGAAAAGAAAAGAAUGAAGUUUAUUUUGGAGCAAACGAGUACUCCAUAAUGUAUGUGAAUUGAACUAAAGGGAUUUGCUACAGUCUGUUAUGGCCAAUAGAAAUAUCAUAAGAACUUUUGAGGUGGUAGCAAAAACAAAUUGUUACUUUUAAAUAAUUAGAGAUGAUGUAUUGUCUUGUCUUAUGUACAUUACAAGAUUGGCUUUUUAUAUCAAUUUCCUUGACCGGGAGCAGAUGCCCUAAAUACAACCGUAAGGCCGAUGCAGAAAUGAGGGGUUGUAUAGAUCCUUCCUUGUACGUCAAUUAUAUUGGGUCAUUGGGGAUUUGUGGCGGCCAACUGAUGAUUGAGACAACUUCUUCCAUCAAUUAGACGAUCAUUAUACUCAUCCUCUAAGAAGCUUGAUUCUACGGAUUGUUGAAGUGGUCUUCUCUAGGGGUGAGCAGAACCCGAACCCACCCGAAAACCCGAUCGGGUCUGCCCUCAAAUACCCGCCUGGGUCGGUCGACCCGAACCUGAGAACCCGAACCGAAAAGCCCAGCCCAUGUUUUAAGGGUUAUGGGUUACGGGUAGGGUUUUCUAAAUGGCUACCCGACCCGCCCGAAUACCGGAACUACCCGAACUACCCUAAGUAUAUAUACUAAUUAUUUUACCCUAAACCCAACCCUACCACUUCAGCGCCUCCACUCUUCACUCGCAACUCCCUCUAACCCUCUCCCCUACUCCGACUUCUCUCUAACCAUCCAACUUCUACCAUCUCCGAUUCUCCGGUAGUCCAUUAGUCCCUCACUCCCUGUAAAUCUGUAAUGGUCUGACCUCUGUAGUCUGUACGAAUUAGCCUCUCUGCCUUGGUGGAAGCUGAAUAUAGCGUACCAGUCUUGUGGAUUUGUGGAAGCUUGCAAGUUGCAACCCAUUCGAUUAUCUGAAUUCUUUGAUCUUUGUGAGGUAUAAACGUUAAAUACUUAAAGUGUAUGUUUGGUCCGCUUGGAUUAACCAUUUCAUGCAUCUUCCGAUCUGAAAAAUUGGCUUUGAAAUGUGCUUUGGUGGAAGCCUGAUCCCUAAAUGUGAUGUGUUAUCAGUUUUGUGAAUGAAUUAGUUGUGUUAUUUAGAUGCACUGUUAUGUGUUUGGUGGAAGCUUGAAACCCUAGAUUCGGCCUGUGAACCCCUUUGUAUGAACUACCUAAUAAUCUGUGAUGCCUGAUGCCUCGAUGAUGCCUAUGUGAUUCUGAGAUUAUUAUAUAAAUGGCCGAUGAGUAAAGAUGAUGAUUGAUUUAUUUUGACAAGUGUUGAAGUUGCCAUUUUCUACUCAAACACUCAAAGGAGUAAUUAGAGUGAACUGGUAUCUUCUAAGUCUGUAGAGAAGUGAAUAAGUCUACUGCUUAUAUCCUUCUGUAAAUCAGCUUGCUGAUUGUUCCAGACUUUAAUGUGAAUGUAUGAAUGUAUGAUGUUGUUUUCAAUCUGUGAUGCUUUGGUCAUGUCUUAGAAUAUGUGAUUAUGAGAUUAGAGUGGAAGCU